AUGACGAGGAACGAAGGGACGGGUGAUUGGGUGACGGUGGAUGAGGGCGUGGGAGUGUCAUCCUGUACGGACCGCAGUUUGUCCCCGGACCUCCAGGACCCUCUCCAGGACGACCCCAAGGAGACGGACAACUCGACGUCGUCGGACAAGGAGACGGCCAACAACGAGAACGAGGAGCAGAACUCGGGCACGAAGCGGCGCGGCCCGCGCACCACCAUCAAAGCCAAGCAGCUGGAGACGCUCAAGGCUGCCUUUGCCGCCACGCCCAAGCCCACGCGCCACAUCCGCGAACAGUUGGCGCAGGAGACCGGCCUCAACAUGCGCGUCAUCCAGGUGUGGUUCCAGAACCGACGGUCCAAAGAACGCAGGAUGAAACAACUGAGCGCGCUGGGCGCCCGGAGACACGCCUUCUUCCGGAGUCCGCGGCGCAUGCGUCCGCUGGGCGGCCGCUUGGACGAGUCUGAGAUGUUGGGGUCCACUCCGUACACCUACUACGGAGCCGGACACUCAGCCUUCGUGCUGCCCUUGCCCCUUGGCCUGGUGUCCCUGGCCCAAGCGGGAACACAGGCACUGGAGGGCAGUGCAGGCGGGUUGGAGGUACAACAACUGGACCAACCCGGUUCCCCACUCCCGGUCUUUGGAGCUGCAGGGGGCCAGGAGCUGGACUUUGCAGAGAGAAUUCUGCUGUUGCUGUUACCGGGUUCAAGGCCUGGGUGA